ACCCCAGUUCCUCCAAAUUUGACUUCAUUAUUUUAUUUGUUCCCAAAUCGCCAAACGCGACUGUUUCUAGAGACCUACAGCCCUCCACAUCAAUCUCUCAUUUCUCCCCUCCUCUCUUCCAUUAUCAAUCUUCUUUCUGCUCAAAUUUUCACUGCAGGCCAUGGUCUCGUUCUGCAGCCUCUGUUCUUUUUUUCUUUCUCUUUCCUUUGUUUUUCUAUCGCAAUUCAAAAACUUUAUUGAUGCUCAACCUCAAAAUUACGAUUAUCCAACUGCCACGCUCUCAACACAGUGGACGAAUAACGCAACAGCUAAUCACUCCGUUCAAUAUACAGAUGGAUCGAUCGUGCGGUCGAUUCUACUCCGAGCUGCAAAUGGUUAUGGCCCUGCCUACGCCUGCGGCUUCUACUGUAAUGGUAACUGCAACACUUACCUACUUGCCGUUUUCAUCGUCCAAAUUAAUAGUGCUGCUUUAAUUGUUCAACCGAGUAUUGGAUUUGCACAAGUAGUGUGGUCUGCCAAUCGAAACAAUCCUGUAAAGAUCGGUGCGACAUUAGAGCUCACUUCCGAAGGCGAUUUGGUUUUGAAAGAUGCUGACGGUACUGUUGCUUGGUCCACAAACACUUCUGGCAAGUCCGUUGUAGGCUUGAACUUGACAGAUUUGAGGAACCUUGAGUUGUUUGAUAAGAAUAACGUGACUAUUUGGCGGUCUUUUGAUCAGCCAACCGACUCACUUGUCCCUGGACAAAAGUUGAUGGCGGGGCAAAGAUUGAUGCCGAGUGUUUCCGAGACAAAUUGGACCGUAAACAAUAUGAUUACGCUUUCCAUGAAUAGCACUGGUUUAUCUGCUCAAAUGGAGACUAGUCCUCCUCAGAUCUAUUACGAAUAUGAAAUUGCUAAUCUGCAGGCAAGUAAUGAGUAUCCAUAUGUUGAGUUUGUAAAUGGAAGCUUGACUUUGUUCUCAAAUUCUACCACGAAUGUGAGUGUGAUUUUAGUCCCUCGAGCAUCUUCUGCACAAUAUAUGAAGCUGGGCUCGGAUGGGCAUCUGAGAGUGUAUGAGUGGGUAUCUCAGUGGAAAGAAGUGGCCGAUCUUUUGACGGGGUUUCUUGGGGACUGUGCUUAUCCGACAGUGUGCGGGCAAUAUGGAAUUUGCUCCAAUGGGCAGUGUAGUUGUCCGGCUUCAAGUGGGGGAACGAGCUAUUUCAAGCUAGUAGAUGAUAGGCAGCCUAAUCUUGGGUGUUCUGAGAAUGUCCCAUUGUCUUGUGGGGCUUCUCAAUAUCAAAGUCUUCUGGAGCUUGAAGAUGUUAUGUACUUUACUUUCCCUUCAGAUCUUGAGAACAUAGAUGCUUUAAGUUGUAAAGAGACCUGUGCAAAGAACUGCUCAUGCAAAGCGGCUAUAUUCCAGUAUGGAUCGAAUUCCAGCAGCGGCAGUUGUUACUUACCAACUCAGGUGUUUUCACUCAUGAACAUUGACAAGAAUAAAAUUUUCUAUAACUCCACUGCUUACCUUAAAGUACAAAUUGAAGCUCCCAAUAUUUCCGUUGACAAACGAAGGAGCAACCGUCUCCCAGUAAUACUUGGGUCCAGCCUCGGAGUUCUCUUUGCUGUGAUAUUUUUCAUCGUAGUCAUAGUUUUGUUUGUUCGGAAGAGAGAUGAUAAUGAAGCAGAGGAGGAUUACCUUGAUCAGGUACCUGGAAUGCCCACAAGAUUCUCAUACGAUGACCUGAAAGCCAUUACAGACAACUUUAGUAAAAAGCUUGGCGGAGGUGGUUUUGGUUCUGUUUUCGAGGGUACUCUAAUUGACGGCACAAAAGUUGCUGUAAAGCGCCUUGAUGGUUUUGGGCAGGUCAAGAAAUCCUUUCUAGCCGAAGUUGAGACUAUCGGUAGCAUCCAUCAUGUUAACUUGGUAAGACUCAUGGGAUUUUGUGCUGAGAAAUUCCAUAGGCUCCUUAUCUAUGAGUACAUGUCGAAUGGGUCUCUAGAUAGAUGGAUCUUUCACAAAUCCAAUGAAUGUGUUCUUGAUUGGCAACAAAGGAAAAAGAUCAUUUUCGAUAUAGCAAAAGGACUAAAUUAUCUUCAUGAAGAUUGCAGACAAAAGAUAGUUCACUUAGACAUUAAACCCCAAAAUAUCCUCUUGGACAGGAAUUUUAAUGCUAAGGUUGCUGAUUUUGGAUUGUCCAAGUUGAUUGAUAGGGACCAAAGCCAAGUUGUCACAACCAUGAGAGGAACUCCUGGUUAUUUGGCCCCUGAGUGGCUUAGUGCAGCAAUUACUGAAAAGGUGGACGUGUACAGCUUUGGAGUGGUAAUCUUGGAGAUAGUCUGUGGGAGAAAAAUCUUCGAUCGCUCUUUAGAUGAAGACGACAUGCAUUUACUGAGCCUUUUUAAGAGAAAGGCUGAAGAGGAACGAUUGCUGGACAUUGUGGAUAACUAUAGCGAGGAUAUGCAACUAAAUGGCCUGCAGGCGGUGAACACGAUGAGGCUUGCUGCAUGGUGCUUGCAGGGAGAUUAUACUAAGAGGCCUUCCAUGUCAAUAGUCAUUAAGGUGUUAGAGGGUGUUUCGGAUGUUCAAGACAACCUGGAUUACAACUUCUCUGCUCAGCCUUCCACUAAUGGAGCAGCAAAAUUCGGUCAAAUGGAAGCCAAAUACAGUGCUUCCACUGCUUUAUUACCGUCAGUUCUAUCUGGUCCACGAUGAAGUGGCAAACUAAAGAAUUUCUGUUCUCUACAAAUCAAGUGGUAAAAUUCUGCAGGCAAUUGAAAUUUUUAGAGUUAUAGCUGGAGAGUGAUGGAGAGAUGUUGCUGAUAUUUGAACCCAGGUUCAUGUCGAACAUAUUGUCUGAAUAUAUCUUGGAGAAGAGGGAACGUGUUAAGCCAUUUGUGUAAAAAGCUGCUAAGACUAAUCGCUUCUUGAUAAUGUCUAUUGGUAGCUUUACUCUUUCUUGGAUCCAAACCUGAUUUGCUCUUUUGUUCCAACCCCUGAUUUCCUACGGAUGCAAUAACUUCCUUCCAUGUCUUCCAUUUUGAGGUUAAUGAGCUAUUUAGUCUAUUUUGCGAAUACCCUAUUAGAAUCGACAAAGAUUAUGGGAGAAGUUCGACAUUGGUACAGUUCUGAUUUUUUA